AACAAAUUCCCACUGACCCAAUGUUAGCUGCUGUCAUUUUUUUUUUUUUUGUUGGUUCAUGUCGUUAUACAGCUGAACUUUAUUAAUCAACAGCUUAACGGUUGUUGUUGUUUUUAAUUUAAAAAUAUUAAAUCCUGCUCGAAGUCAUUCAACAUGUCGGAAGUUGUGCGUCCACCAGAAAGCGCCUACAACCUUUUGCUGAGGGAAGAGGUUCGAAUACAGAAGCCGCCGAGGUACAUGUCCAAGUUCAGACCGGCAGUCGUGCUUGAGAAAAAGCUUGUCAAGGACGCGAUGAGGACGAUGGGACCGGCCAAAGUCGAGGUGGCGUCCCCUGACAAAUACCUCAGAAAACAUUCAAAAGAGCCCAAACUGUCGGAAAAAGCGCCACAGUCCUCAAAAGGGGUUCGUAACGGCUGCGCCGCGAGGAAACCGGCUGUUCCUGCGAGGACGGACAUCCCGCCCAUGGGCCUUCACACCAAGAGAGACUUCACGAAGACGACCACGGUCGUGCCGAUGAAGCCGCAGCCGACCUGCGUGGACGCCAAGACGGGGCACAAGCAGCGCCUUGAAAAUUCCGGACUCGUCCCCAAGUACAUCAAGAAAAAGGAUUUUGGAGAAGUACCCGAUUACCUCCUCCAGCGCAGCAAAGAGAAGCAGCGAGCUCAGGAACAGUACGACGACUACGUGGCGGAGCAAAAGGAGCGGGGAGCCAUGAAACACCUGACCGACUCCGAGCGGCACGACGUCCUGCAGGGCCUGAAGAAGAACUGGGACGCGCUGCACCAGGAGUACCAGGGCCUCUCGUUCGUCAUCGACACCCUGUCGAAGAAGUCCCACAAGCUGCGGCUCGAGGAGGCGAUGAAGCAGCUGGAGGACGACAUCAACCUCAUCGAGCGGUUCAAAACCAUCUACAUACCCAGUCACUAAGACGCAAAGACAAAUUGUUUAUGUAUUCGUAUUAAUUCUUGCACUUUCGUUAGUCGCUUUGGACAUAAAAAAAAGUUUAAUUAAUGUAAUUUAAUGUGACAAAAAACUCUUGGAAUCCGAUUUUUCUGUAUUUCUUCAGCUCCCCCUCAGUUCAGUUUUCACAUGGAGCUUGAAAAAAAUAAAUUUGUUAAAAAACAUGA